AUGUCGUUGGUUAACAUACCUCGCUACUGCGAGGACCCCAACUACAGGUACAAAAUGCCGAGACUACAAUCGCGCAUUGAGGGCAGGGGAAACGGAAUCAAAACAAACAUUUCCAACAUGGGUGAAAUAGCCCGAGCGCUCAAGCGGCCACCCACCUACGCCACGAAGUUCUUCGGUUGCGAACUAGGAGCAAUGUCAAAGUUCGAGGAGUCGGAGGAGAAAGCACUUAUCAACGGAGCACACACGGAGCGUGCGCUAACGCAGAUAUUGGACAAGUUCAUCGAAAUGUACGUGCUCUGCGCAGAGUGCCACCUGCCGGAAAUUGAGGUGCUGGUCAAAAAGGGGGUACUCUGCUCAAGGUGCAAUGCGUGUGGACACAAGGGCAGUCUGGACAACACACACAAGGCGGCGACGUACAUGUUAAAAAACCCAGCCUGCCUCACCGAAAUGUCCAAGCAUUCAAGCAGGACUAAAAAGGACUCGCCCAAAGAGGGAUCGGCGGAUAAAGAAAAGGACAAAGACAAGGAAAAGGAGAAAAAGAAAAAGGAGAAGAAGGAGAAAGAAAAGAAGAAACGCGUCUCAGAAGACGGGCAGGAGGAUGUCAAUGGAGUCGACGGAGGCGUGCAUGGUGAAGAAAUGGAAAAGCUCACCGUGGAAAGCGCUGAAAUUUGUGACAUUGUCGACCGGCUAUACUCUUCUCUCGAAACUGGAAAGUUCGCAGACCCUGCAGACUUUGCCGAAGAAGUCCACAUGCUGCAACUCUCACAGGAUUUCGAUAACGUAUGCCGAUUCUACGUCGCGUUCUGCGCUCUGUUCAAGGACAAGUUUGAUGUCGCCGCGUUGGAGCAAAAAAUGGUUUUGCUCAAAUCGCUGGUCAAGUACGCAGUUCAGCCAAAGGACAUACUCACCGCAAUGGCUGCCUUUGUUGUUAAAAUGCACCCCCAACAACUGGAGGAAUACCCAUACAUUUGUCGUGCCCUGUACGCAGGCGAUCUAGCUGAGGGACGUGACUUCUGCCGCUUCUACAGCAAAAGCGCAAGAUUCGAAGGCUUCCUCGCCGAGGCAUACUUACGGACCAAGGAAAAAGCGGAACCCUUCGUGACAUGGCUACAGGAAGAUGAAGAUGAGAACGAAGACAGCGGAUCGGACGAUUGA